AUGAACGAAUUCGAUCUGCUGCGCAACGUCACCAUCGGUCAAUAUAUCCCAACCGGAUCGUGGAUUCAUCGGCUGGAUCCGCGGGCAAAGCUGGUGGCGGCAACCUUCAUCAUCUUGGCAACCACAUUCGCCAGCUCUAUGCUUCAGGUCAUCAUUGCCAACGUGGUGAUAUUGCUGAUCUGCUUUGCCUCAAAAGUGCCGUUCGGUUAUCUGUUGCGCGGUCUGCGACUUGCCCUGCCCAUCCUGAUUCUGAUCUUUGUGCUGCAAAUUGUCUUUCGCGGGUGGGAUGAGCCAGCCGGACGCAUCUAUUUUGAGUGGGGUUGGAUUCGGUUGACGCGCUUUAGUCUGCAGCUGAUGGCGGUCGGCAUUUUACGCGUGGUCGGUCUUCUCUUUAUCGCCAGCCUGAUCACCAUGACAAGCACGACCACCGAGUUGACCCACGGCGUGGAAAUGCUGCUCAGUCCGUUGCGCCGCUUCAAGGUUCCUUCCCAGAGCUGCGCUAAUCCUCAGAUUGCGUUGCGUUUUGUGCAACUUGCCGAGAGUGGAGCGCAUAUGAAA